AUGUCACUCGACCCUGAAGCAGGCAUCUCUGUACUUUUCCCUUCCACCCAUCCCCUUCGUGCAGAUGACGAAGCAACAGCCUGGCUAAACCUCGUAGCGAAACACAAAACCCUCGCUGAAUUACAUCGAGAUUUCUUACAACGAGUUUUCGAUCCUCUUGUCCCAUCCUCCUUACAACAGUUAGCAACGCGGUAUAAUAUUCCAUCACGAUUAUGGCAAGUAGGUUUCCACAUGAUACACGAACGAUUACGACACGUAUGGCAAGCAUCAAUAAUGACAGGAUCAUCUGAUACGAAUCUGGAUUCUUUGGACCUUUUGACUGAUUUGGUAUAUGAUGCUUACAAAUUUUAUAUCGAGUUACUGGAUGAUACCAAUCUCAUAAGUUUGCGAGGUGCAUGGAUCGAAUCUUUGGGAGAUUUAGCAAGAUAUAGAAUGGCGAUUGCCAAACAUCUUGCCACGGAGAAUAAACGUUCGAAUGGGAAAGAAAGUUCUUUGACAAGAGAGAAAGUGGAGGAGAUGGGAAAUGUAUUGGAGAAUGAUGCAGGUGGAAGUAUAGGAGCUGCAGUGGCAGAGAAUUGGGAGGUGGAAGAUGAGGUUACGUGGAGGAUCACGGCUAGGGAAUGGUAUACCAGUGGAAUCACUGAUAAACCUGGAGAAGGAAGAUUGCAUCAUCAUUUAGCUUUGUUAAGUGUGGGUGUGGUUGGUGAAGAAUCUCGAGCUCUGCAUCAUUUCACCAAGAGCCUCAUCGUUACACAUUCAUUCUCUGGUUCCCGCGAAUCUAUACUACCCCUAUUCGACACAUCUUCAACCCUCAAGCAAAGUGAAACACCCCUGAUGGACAUGUUCGUUCGUCUUCAUGGCAUGUUAUUCACUAAAAUCCAACUUGACGACUUUUCUUCUUCUAUGAGUCGGUUUCUACAACGUCUGGAAUCUUCCCCACGGUCUGGUGCCGAACGUAUAAGUCAAGUCGAUUGGAUGGUCAUCGCCAGCGUCAACGUCGCUUCCGUCUUACAAUAUGCUUCUGUUGAUGGGAUCAUCCGACAAGCUCUAGCUCAGGAAGGUGUUGAACGCCGUCGAAACCAAUCUGGUAACACGGAGGAAGGAGAAGAUACGGAGGAACCAUUUAUCGAUAAUCCCAACACUAUCACAACUGAAGAUGUGUCUGGCGAUGACCACCUUGAGGAAGAUGUCUCCAAAAAUUCAAACUCCAAGAUCGUCAAAGAGGAAGAGCUUUCACCACCUCUCACUUACGCGUACGCAAUAGACCUCACCUAUCAAAUCCUUCUUCAUACCUUAUCCUAUCCUUUCAUUCAACAAGGUCCUCAUUCGCUUCUUUCUCCUUACCUAACCCUCCUCCUGACAUUUCUGGCCACACUGUCCCGUCAAUCUCAAACUCUUGAACUCAUCCUCCCCCUAAUCCCCAUCUAUCAACUCUCAAAUCUCCUCAGUCAUUGUCCUCCGGAUCUAGAGAUCAAAGAAGAAUCUCGUCUCAUAAUCGGUCCUCCUUUACCUGAAGAUUGGUUGAUCAGAGGGUCCGAAUGGGUCGGAAGGAGGGUGUUCGAAAGAGGUUUCUGGAAAUCUAAAGGUUCCGGAAGAAGUUCACAAGGAUUGGUUCAACCGAGAAUAGGCGAAAGGUUUUCGAGCGAGAUUGACGUGUUGGUCAAUGAUUUCGAAGAGGGAAAAGAUGAGAGUGAGGGAGUUGUGGAUGAUGUUGAAGGGACCGAUCUGACGGAUGGUCCUGUCGCUAUUGGUCAGAGAAGGUGGAGGAGGGUGAUUUGGGCUAUAGGGGUGAUGGUGAAGCAUGUGGAUGGUUUGGAAUUGAGAGAUGGGAAAUUGGAAGUGAAUGAUGAGUUGAAAGAGAAAAUGGGGAGACUGAGCAAGAGACAGAAAGAAACUCUUUCACCGUCUACUUCUCUUGUCUACUCACCGAAUGUACAGGAAGAUGAAUGGGACGAAGAUGAAAGAGAAUCAGACUUGGAAGAAAAUGAUGAUGAUCCCGAAUUGGUUUUAUUGAAAGAUAGAAGGGGAUAUUUGGAAUCAUUACUUGAAUCCAAGUCCAACUCUUCCAUCAUCCAAACAACUCAUCAACUCUCUUCAACAAAACUCGUCAACCUUCCUACUAAACCAACACGUUCAACCCGUAAGAAGAAUAUCUCAAAACUACGUAUUUCACCCGGUCACACCGUUUUGAUAUUCGAUACCAACGUCCUCUUAUCAUCUCUUGUGUCAUUCACUUCUUUAGUUCAAUCGAGGAAAUACAAAUGUAUAAUCCCUUUACCCGUCAUCACCGAGUUGGACGGAUUGGCUAAACAACCUACAUCGUUAGGUAAAUCAGCUAUGGAAGCUGUGGAAUACGUUGAGAAGAAUGUUAAGAUUAAUGGUGGGGUAAAGGUCCAAACUACCCGUGGGAAUUAUUUGAGUGAUUUGAAUAUAAGGACUGAACAGAUUAUCAGGAGUGAUCAUUCGAGUGAUUUACAUGAUAAGAGUGAAAGUGGAGUUGGUACGAUGGAUGAUAGAGUUUUGGAUGUGGCUUUGUGGCAAUUAAAACAUUGGGUUAAACCUCAUUCUUUGAAAAUAGAUUCGAGUGGGAAAGAUAGAAGGGAAGAAGGAGAAGGAAGAGAAGAGGAAAUAUCUAAAGUCGUUUUAAUAACUUUUGAUAGGAAUCUUCGUUUGAAAGCUAAGUCUAGAGGUUUGGAAGUUGCUGAUGAGAGGGAAAUGUCUAUGAUCUUGAAUGUGUGA